AGAUAAUAUCAAUUCAGUGUGUUCUGGAUACAAUUUUAAUUUAACAACUUAGAUAACGAGAUAAAACAGUCGUACCAAAGAAAAUUAAUUAUUCCAAACGUGUUUUAUAUCCCAAGGGGCCGAACCCCCAAAGAGAGAAAAUAGCUCAGAGAAAGAGAGAGCAAAGAAGUUCAAACCCUCGUCAACGAGGUUCGGAAGUCAGUCUUAAAAUCGAUUUCGAAGUGAACGGUCGCUCGUUCGUACGUUCGCGGUGCAACCCGUCGAACCGUCCAGUUAAGUCGCGUGUGAAAAUGAUUCGGCGGAAUUAUGGUUGCCAAAACGGCGAGGCCAGCGUUGGCCAUCAGAGUCCGACGGUUCACGACAAUGGCGUGGACGGUGGAGAACCCGAAGUUCCCAGCCGUUAUGCCGAGACCGAGUCGAAUAACCUAAUGGACGCAUUGGAGAUAGAGCGGAAGCGCAAUGCCUCACUAUCCUCUAAGCUAAGGAAAGUUAAAGCCAGAAACAGAGAGCUGAUGAGUUCCAGCGUUCCCGGAUCUACCCCUGGCCCUGGGUUAAGCCGUUUUCAGUCCACCAUGCGGGACGAUUCAAGACACACCGAAGCUGACUCAUUGUCAACAUCAAUGAACAAUCUCUCCUUUGCCACGCUUAAUAUCGCUCAAUGCAUACCCGUGGAGGGUGAAGAUGAGAUUGACAGGAGGACAUUUGAAAGUUGGCGUGAACUUCUAGAAGCAUCGAUGCAGCUCGUCGGAGUAACAGACGAAGGGACGAAAAUGAGCAUUUUUCGUAUCAAGGCGGGGCCAAAACUUCUGGAAGUAUUGGAAAACACGGGUUCCUCAUUCAGAACACCUUGCGACGUUACUACGCCGUACUCGAAUGCAAUGAGCCGUCUGGUGGACUAUUUCGGUUCGCGGGACUAUACACUGCUUCAUCGACAAAAACUUCGCUCGCUGACUCAAGGCGUAGGUGAAACAGAUGUCAAGUACGUCAAGCGCGUUAUUAACUUGGCAAAACUUUGUGACUACGACGAGAGCCAGGUUCUGGAGAAUGUAGCAGAUGUUAUUCAGUCACAUGCACUGAAUUUCAGCAUCCGGGAAAUCGGAAGAAAAAUGUUGAGAAAAGGAGGAACCAUUUCAGGUUUAUUGGAAAAGGUGCAGGCAGUGGAAAUCGCUAAGGUGAAUGAAGAGCUGUUUGCAAAAGCGCAUGCAUCACAAGUAGUUCAAGUCGCUCCGGUGUCUGUGCCUCACUCGACACAAGUUAGUCCGGCCCAUACAACCAACCGGUAUCCCGAAUAUGACCACCAGUACCAACCGCAAAAACGUGAGAACAACCAGCCAAGGUAUAACGACCAGCAGUUCGGAGCUAAACGAGGAGGUUUUCGUCGAGGAUCAUCUGUGCAGCCGAGACAAACGCCUUGUUGGCGCUGUUUUAGCCGGUACCACGGGGCUUCAUCCUGUUCAGCGAUUGAGAAAGUCUGUCGCGCCUGUCUUCGAAAAGGACAUCUAGCUCGAGCGUGCAACCAAUCGAAAGGACCAAUCAAGCGAAAGGUAACACCCGAGGAAGACAGCACAUUCGCUGGUCCGGCACCGAAGAAGAUAGCCAUGAUUUCCAAGGAGGAGCUAUCAGGAGAUCUCAAUGCAACAGAAGCUGUUGUCAAUGAUGUGCAAGGACCGAGACUGGAACAAAGAAAUAGGACUGACCGUGGGGCUUAUGUUCACGGAUAUGUCGCAGGGAUGCCUAUUCCAUUUCUUAUCGACUCAGGAGCCGAUGUGAAUACUAUCAACGGUGACAUUUUUCGAACAAUAAUGAACAAUGUUCAAUCUCGAGCAGCCAUCUUCGACGUAAAAACGGGUUCGGAUAAGGUGUUGAAACCAUACGCGACCAACGCCAACGUUGACGUUCUAGCUACCUUCGUAGCAGAACUUAAAAUUACUGAUGAUCGUCCUACGUUGCUGGAAAAGUUUUAUGCUGUAGAUCAGGCCAAAUCUCUUCUGAGUAGAAACACCGCACUUAGAUAUAGUGUUCUGCAAGUAGGUUUGAGUGUACCAAUAACGAAUGGUACCCACAUGGACUCCAGCCCUCUUCCUGGCGAGAUCUUUUCGGUUUCGGGAGCAGUAGAGUUCCCGAAAUUCAACAUUGCACCAGUCUCGCUGGCAUAUGACAAGAACAGGCCUCCAUCUCGAAAUAUUUAUACGAACAUACCACCAGCUUUCAAACAGGAAGCAAAGCGUAGGCUGGACGAACUCUUAUCUGCGGGGAUUAUCGAACCGGUCACCGAUAGUAUGGACAAAUCGUUCUGCUCUUCGUUGCUCGUCGUUCCGAAGGGAAAGGACGAUAUAAGACUGGUUGUGGAUUUACGGGGUCCGAACAAGAGCAUUAUCAGAACCCCUUUCAAAAUGCCUACUCUGGAAGCGAUUUUGGCUAAGCUACACGGCGCGACAUACUUUUCGACACUUGACCUAUCAAGUGCGUUUUUUCAUGUUGUUUUGGACGAGGGAUCUCGUCAUCUCACCAACUUCUUCGCUGGAGACGGGACCUACAGGUUCAGAAGGCUUCCGUUUGGUCUGACCAACGCUCCGGACAUCUUUCAGGAAGUCUGCCAGACAGUAAUUCUCUCCGGCUGCGAAGGGGUUGUCAAUUACUUGGACGACUUCCUAAUCUUCGGAAAGAACAAGAAAGAGCAUGACGAGAACUUGGAGAAGGUACUUCGUCGUCUUCGCGAGCACAAUGUAUGCCUCAACAAAGAGAAGUGUGUGUUCGGAGAGACAUCAGUGAGGUUCGUGGGAUUUACCAUGACUAGUGAUGGUCUCAUGAUCGAACAGGAUAAACUUAAAGCCAUCAAGAACUUCCGCCGACCGGAGACACAGGCCGAAGUAAAAAGUUUUCUUGGCCUGGUCAAUUUUGUAGAGCGAUUCAUCAUCAAUCGAGCAGAUAAAACUGAGAAAUUGAGAGAACUCGCUAAGUCGGAUACUUUUUAUUGGUCGGAUGCGGAGGAACAAGAGUUUCAGUUGCUGAAGGAGGACUCACUAACUUCAGUGCUCAAAUUGGGCUAUUUCUGCAGCGACGACGAGACAGAUGUGUUUGUGGACGCUUCGCCCGUCGGGCUCGGGGCAGUUCUUGUGCAAUACGACGAGGAUGGUAAGCCGAGAAUAAUCUCUUGCGCUUCAAAAGCCUUAACGGAGUCAGAAAGGAAGUAUCCACAAACUCAAAAGGAGGCAUUGGCCAUUGUUUGGGGUGUAGAGAGGUUUGCCUUCUAUUUGACUAGCAAAUCGUUUUCAAUAAGAACAGAUUCUGAGGCAAAUGAGUUCAUCUUUGGAGAGGGACGAAAAAACCAGUAAGCGA